GCCUCCUUGACUUCUCGAUGGCGCAGUUUCAACGCCUCCUCGUGGGUCUCAUCCUCGCCGCCGUGCUCCUCCUCGUCGCGGAGGCCGCUGGUGAUCCGGACGCCAGCGGCUGCCGCGGCCUGACCCGCGGCCGCUACUCCCGCAUCUUUGCAUUCGGCAACUCCCUGACGGACACCGGCAACGCCGCCAUCUACCCGCCCACCGCCGGGGGGACCUUCACCGAGCUGCCGUACGGGCAGACCUACUUCGGCCGUCCCAGCGGCCGGGCCUCCGACGGCCGGAUCAUCACCGACUUCCUCGGUAAUCAACCGCAAUCUGACCUCAGCGUUGAUCAGACAAAUAAAUUGUUGUGAUAUGAGUCUUGUGGCGUUCUUGUGGAUCCACCACGCACGCUGUGGACGGGCUGAAGGUGCCACAGCCGACGCCGUACCUCGCCGGCAGAACGGCCGCUGACUUCAUCAACGGAUCAAACUUGG